UCAAACCUCAUUGAUGGCAAGAACGGCGCUGUCGUCACUACGCCUAUAGUCACUACGCCUAUAGUCUUGAGCCCUCUAGUACAGGCGGGGCUGAUCAGACAAGGUUUCGACCCGGAAAUCUUCACCACACCGAACGUUGACUAG